UUAAUAAUCGCAACUACAGUAUUAGUCCGACAGGCGUACGGUAGUGUCAUAUAUUUUAUGACACGAGUGCGAGCCGCGUGUUCGAUCGAGUGCAACGAUAAACGCCGACGGCCGAUGGGAUACUGUACAAGAUCGCAUAUUAUAUAAAGCAACAACAACAACAAUAAUAAUGCUGCACAGAUCCGUCGUGGGUGUUCGAUCGCUCGCUAGUCGCUACCACCUAAAUAUUAUUAUGUUUCGCCGAUCGGUUCUCGCGGCAGCGACGGCCCGCCGAGCGAAGUCUACGGGCAACGGUGGCGGCUUCGGCCCGAGACCACUGGACGGCGUCCGGGUGGUGGACAUGAGCCGGGUGGCCGCGGGUCCCUACUGCGCGAUGGUGCUGGCCGACAUGGGCGCGGACGUGAUCAAAGUCGAGAGACCGGUGGUCGGCGACGACAGCCGCCGGUACGGGCCGCCGUUCGUGGACGUCCGCGGCGACGGCGGGAGCGGCGAGAGCCGUUUGAGCCUGUACUUCGUGUCACUGAACCGGAACAAGCGGAGCGUGUGCGUGGACUUCCAGCAGCCGGAUGGCCGGGCGAUCAUCCGCAAGUUGGUCGAGCGGUCGCACGUGCUCAUCGAGAACUACAUACCUGGCACGUUGGACAGACAUGGUAUCGGAUACGAAGAUUUACGCAAGAUAAACCAGAAAUUGGUAUUUUGUUCGAUAACCGGUUAUGGAUCCAAGGGACCGUGGAACCAAAAACCAGGUUACGAUGUUAUUGCCGCCUCGAUCGGUGGUUUAAUUAACGCCACCGGUGACGCCGUUCCAGCAAAAUGUGCUAUACCCAUUACCGACCUAAUGACUGGUAUGUAUGCUCAUGGUGCCAUUUUAGCGGCUUUAUAUCGUGGCGUCGGUGACAAAAUUGACUGUGAUCUGUUAUCAACCCAGCUUUCGAUGAUGUUCAAUUUGGGAUCAAAUUAUUUAAACGCAGGCAUGCUAACAAAACGAUGGGGUACUGAACACGAAAGUAUGGUUCCUUACAAAGCGUUUAAAACAUCGAAUGGCUUCCUGACUUUUGGUACGGGCAACGACGUGCAAUUUAAAUCGUUUUGCGAUCGCGUAUCGAUUCCGGAAUUAGCUACGGACGAGCGAUUCGUGAACAACGCCUGUCGCGUUAAGAAUAGAGAACAGUUGUACAACGUAAUCGAACCAAUUUUAGAAUCCAAAACAAACGAAGAGUGGAUGGCGAUUUUCGAAGGAGUACCUUUUCCUUACGGUCCCGUCAAUAAUAUGGCACAAGCAUUUAACAACGAACACGUGAAGGAUAUAAAUAUCGUCCAAGAUAUUGACUGCUCAUAUAACGCAAAACUGAAAAUAGUCGGUCCAGCAGUUACAUUCAAGAACAGCAGUAAUGCAAUCCGAAGAGAGCCUCCGUUGUUGGGGCAACAUACAAAUGAAGUGCUAACUUCUUUAGGAUACAGCACCAAAGAAAUCGAAUCAUUGCGCUCAAAAACCGUAAUAUGAUUAUUAUUGUUUUCCUUUUUUAAUAUGUAUUUUUUUUUUUUACAUCAACUAUUGGUUGAUACCUUUUUGUUACGCCAUAAAUAUAUUUUGUAUUAAAUUUGAAUGAAAAAAUGUUUAAAUUUAUCGAGAAA